AUGGACAGCCCAGCUCCAACCCCUCCAUCUCAAAUUUUGGGUCACUCCACCAUGGUCCGCUUUUUCCGUAGCCUGGUGGGGAGCAAGGGCAGCCCAGGGAGCUCCGACAAGGCCCUGCUGGGGGGUCGGCAGUGCCUCUCCCGGGAGCCGGAGGCUGUGUCCUUGAUGACUGACCGCCAGGGGAUCAGGGGUCACUUUGCCCACGCCCUGGAGAGGAGGGCCACGGGGCCACUGGAGGUCAGCCCUGAGGCCUUCACCGUGGAGGAGGAGGAGUGUCUGCUGGGUGGAGACCUCAGGCUGGCCUCUGUAAAGGUGGGGGCAACCCCCUGGAACCACCUCCUCACCUUAUACAAGCAGUUUCAGAAACUGACCAUGGCCAAGUUUCCUCUCAAGGAUGGCUUAUCCCACCUCGAGGAGGAAGGUGAGGAAGAGGACAGCUCAUUCAAGCUCUGUGUCCCAGGCAUCGUCACCCUCCAGUCGCCACUGCAUAAGACAUUUGGGUCAACAGAUACAGUGGGUUUGGUGGAGUCAGACUUAAAGAAGCUUCUGGAAGUACAGCAGGAGUCCCGCCUCUGGAAGGUGGGCAGCCGUGAGGGCCGGGAGCCGCUGGUCCAGCCAGAGGUGGCCCUGGAGGCGGCGAGCAUUGUGGGUGAGCAGGAACACCAAGCUAAGGGGGAAGGAGGGCGCCCCCCAGCCUUUGGGGAGUGCUGGGGGCCCGGGAGAAGGGCGCCGAGGCAGCGGAAGCACCACCCUGGGCUGGAGGGAAGGGUGCAGAGCCCGGUUGGUGUGGUGUCCAGCACAGAGCGGGAGAGGCCCGAAGAGCAGUCCCAGCUCCAUUCCGAGGGUGUCAGCUGCGCAAAGGAGGAGGAGGACGAAGAAGACGAGGAGGAAUUUGACAGGUGA